CUGAAAAUUUUGUAUCCAUUAAGAAAGAUAUGCGUUGGUUUGAUCAUUGAUAGAAACAAAUCGCUAAAAUCUUUCCUUAUUCUUUCACUGAAAUCACUCACUAAAAUCAUAUUCUUGACACCGAAAUCGCUUUCGAAACUCAAAGAGACUCUCCAAAGUUCAGACCACCGUGAGACUCUCCAAAGUUCAGACCACCGUGAGACCACCGUGAGACUCUCCAGAGUGUACUGUGUACGCUACAAUGGUAAAAGAUAAAAGAGGAAGAAAAGGAGGAAGUACCACCGCUCUCCUCCUCCUCCUCCUCCUCCUCCUCCUCUUAAUCUGUACCUGCGCUGUUUACCUCCAAUUCCUCCCCGCUUACUUCUCCCCGUUUUCUUGCUCCACCACCACCACCGCAACCACAUCCUCGCCACCACCAACACCACCAUCACCUAAAGAUCAGAUCCUCGAAAACGGCGCUGUAAAGCGACGAUUCAUUCCUUACGGUUCCGGCGCCUACAAUUUCAUCCUAAUGUCCGCCUAUCGCGGCGGACCCAACACCUUUUCCAUCAUCGGACUCUCCUCAAAACCUUUCCAAAAGUACGCCCUUCCUACCUACACUUGCCAAUACCAAAACUCCAACAACAACAACAUCGUCAAAGGCUAUAAAAUCCUCCCAGACUGGGGAUUCGGAAGAAUCUACACCGUAAUCGUAAUCAAUUGCACAUUCACAAACAACAUUGCAAACAACCCUUCCGCCACCACUAGCCGCCUCAUCCUCCACGCCCCAUCCAACGACGGCGCCACCGAUUCCAUCACCGCCUUAACCGAACCCCCCAAUUCAUGGAACCCCUCCAAUUUCAUCUCCCCUCCCAAAUACGACUACCUCUACUGCGGCUCCCCUCUCUACGGCAACCUCAGCCCUCAACGGAUUCGUGAAUGGAUCGCUUACCAUGUCAGAUUAUUCGGUACUAAUUCCCAUUUCGUUAUCUUUGAUUCGGGCGGUAUCCACACGGAAGUACUUGAGGUUUUACUACCAUGGAUGAAACUCGGGUAUGUUACCUUACAAGAUGUAAGGGAACAAGAGAGAUUCGAUGGGUAUUAUCAUAAUCAAUUCCUUCUUCUUAAUGACUGCUUGCAUCGAUAUCGUUUUGAUGCGAAAUGGAUGUUCUUCUUCGAUGUAGAUGAGUACAUUUUUCUUCCUCCCAAUUUGACUCUCAGAUCUGUCACGGAUUCGCUCCAAGAAUUUACCCAGUUCACUAUUGAGCAGGUUCCCAUGUCUAAUAAGCUUUGUCUUACUCAAGAUGCUUCCAAUAAAAAAUGGGAGAUUGAGAAGCUAGUUUAUAGAAACGUAAAGAAAGUAGCGAGGAAUCUGAAGUACGCGGUUCAACCACGAAACGUGUUUGCCACCGGAGUUCACUUGUCUCAGAACUACGAGGGUGAGUCCGUUCAUACAACCAAAAACCUCAUCAAAUAUUACCAUUAUCACGACACCAUUGUCACUCGCCGGGAUACAUGUCAACAGUUUCUCAAUGAGACUUUUACUACAAUCGGAGAUGAUCACACCCCUUUUGUUAUGGACACUAACAUGAGUUUGCUCGCCCCGGUUGUUAAGAAGUUCGAGCUCGAUACAAUUGGAACUAUACUUCAAUCUACAAAGCAAUGACAUACAUAUACGACUUAUCAAUAAUGGGUCCGGUCGUUGCAAGAAACUCAUUUUUGACACACCAAUUAGUUUAUUUUGGCAAAUCCUGUGUCUGAGGCGUAUCCAGAAUUUUGAAAUAAAAAAUAAAUAAAUAAACUACAUUUUUUUUUUUAAAAGAUACAAUGAAAAUGACCAAAAAAAAAUAUUGAUGGUAGUGUGGGGAAAGCAAGAAAAACAAAAAUAAAAUACAGAACUAGAUAAUGGGGAUCAAACGUGGCCAAGCCACCCCCAUUAAAUCUUGAUGAACUAGUUAAUGAAAAUGACAAUUUGAGGAGUACUAAUUAAAUGUUUACUUUAAAAAUAUACGAAGUAGAAAUUAAAAAUCAGAUGAAAAUAUGACGUGC